AUGGGCAUCGACUGCAACCUGCGUGACCAGCUUACCUUCUAUGGCAGCUUUCACGCGAACAAGUGGAACCAGCUCAUUCACUUUGUGUUUGUGCCCGUCAUCUUUUGGUCGUUCUUAGUGUGGCUGGCCUACACCCCGGAACUGAUUGCUUACGACGUUUACAAGCACCUGCCUUCCGGGACCCCCGCCUGGGCGCUGACUGUCGCGAGGUACCUCUCAUUCAACGGGGCCUUCGUCAUCACCGCCCUGUAUGGAACCUACUACACCGUCCUGGAUGCCUUUGCCGGCCUGAGCUGGAGCCUGUGCGUCGGCCUCCCCGCCUGGGCAGGGGCGGUGGCGUUCCGCACCCGUGUGCCAAAUGCGUGGGCCUGGGCCAUCCUCAUCCACGUGCUCAGCUGGGUCAUGCAGAUCCUGCCCGGCCACAUCUGGGCCGAGAAGCGGCGCCCCGCUUUGCUCACAUCCUUCUUCCAGAGCGUAGUGCUGGCGCCCCUCUUCGUCUGGUACGAGCUUCUGUUCCUCCUGGGCUACCGACCACAGCUCUAUGCCGACAUCAACGCCCGCAUCCAGAGGAACGUGGCGGAGUACAGGGCCGCACAGCGGCCGCUGCUAGCAUCCGGGCAGUAG